AUGACAGAAGAGUAUAAAGGGUUUAUUACAGGAGUAUUCGUUGGUAUUCUUACUCUUCUAUUCCUUCAAAUGUCUUUUAUUGCAUUUGGGCUUAGGAAGAUUGUUGUAAAAAAGAAAUAUCCAGAUACGUACCAUAAGGACUUGUUCACAGACCCACCGAAUGAACUGGCCAGUCUCCUGAGUAUUGCAACAAAAGAGUGCACAGACCUGGCAUGGCUGAAUAUUUCAUUACAAAGGUUCUUCUAUGAACUGACUAAAUCAAGCACAUUCUAUGAGAAGGUUAAAUCUACGCUUAUAAAGAAGAUGUCAAUGGCAUUUGCAACAGGUAUCUUGAAAAGGGUCCGGUUUAAGGAUAUUUCAUUCGGGAGUGAAGCACCGUAUAUAAAAAGCAUCCGGGCACUCUCUGAGGAUGAAAUUGAAGAAUUGCUUAAUAAGAAGGAAUUAAGCCAGAAUAAGCCAGCACACUUUAAGCAAGUAUACUUACUGAUAAGUAUGGAUUACACAGCCAAUGAUAAUUGUAUAUUUAUAGAUGCAGACUUAAUCAAAGGGUACUCGAUCCCGAUUAUGGUUAAGUUACAGCCAUUCAAAGGAGACCUUCUGCUAAGAAUGCCUGCCAAUAAUUACUCUACACGGUUUGAGAUUACGUUCAUAAAGAACCCUGGGUUUAACUUCUCCGUGGAGGCAUCAUUCUCUAAGAAUGACUCGGCAUUCUUUACGAAUACGCUCAGCCAUUUGAUAAAGAGACUCUGCCAGUACAUCUCUAAAAUGUACAUAUUCCCGAAUUGGUACUAUUACUACUUGCCAAUGGUAGUGUACAGAGCAAAAACAAUCCUGUAUACGUACUACCCAUGGGAAGGUGGAAGUAUUGAAGGACCAAUGCACCAGGCCAGGGAAGUACAGAAUUUAUUCAGCCUGGAUUUCGGGAUAGUAAAGAAAUGGGAGAAUAUCAUAUUCAGAAGAACAAAGAGUACUGUAAACACAUCAAACACCGCAUUGGAAAGGGCAGAGAUUGAGUUAAUUAAUAAGCACAGUAUUAUAACAGAAUUAUUCAGCCGGGAGAGUAUUGAAGUAUUCUCAGACGUAAUCAGUGACUACGAAUCGAUCCAAGUAGUGGAGUCACUCGGUGUAGGAGUGGACUUAAUUAACAUUAUUAUUGCCAAUCAAAUAUACGAGUUCAUCAGGAUAAUAGUGGAUGAACUCGUUAUCUACCAAAGGACAGAGCCAGAAGAACCCCAAUUCAUUGCAUUUAAAAAGGAGACCACCGGAGGGAUAACAGUCCUGCAGUACGUUAAUACGACAGAAGCAUUCUACUUAGGCCAGUUCAGAAUAAAAAAACUAGCAAAGAAAUUAGAGAGACAGGAAAUGAAAGUGCUUGGAUCGGUGAAACUCUUCAAGUUCUUGGACUAUUCAGUUAAGCAAGCCAAGAAGACCAAGGAUAUGUUCAAGACAAAACCAGAAGAUAAAAAAGAGUCCCAGAAGAGUAGCAAAUCACACUCACAGAUCUCUGUAAAGGACACGCUAAAGGAAAAGUACAUUUCAGAUGGGUGCGUGUCCAUACCAGAGAAUAAUCCAUCAGAAGUAAGCAUAAUUGAGUCGCACUUUAAAGAGAUACAGAAGAACUUAGCCAGGCCAGACCAGAAUAUUGAUUUUGUGAUCAACCUGCCGUAUACGCAGAAGGAGAUCUCUGAAAUAUUCAAUAAUUCACUCUUACGGUCAGCAAUCCUUGGGUGCUUUACGCUCAUGGAGGACAUCCCACUCACAGGAAGCAUAAGGAACAGUUCCAUGGCACAUAUUUCAGGACAGUACGUGCAAAUGCUAAGUUAUUACAGUGAGGAAGAAUCACUCUUAAUUGAACGAAUCUUAUUAUCAGAAGAGUACCAGGGAGUCACAGCGGCAGUACAAAUUUUAGAGGGGGUCCUGCACAUAUUCGUAUUCGGGACAAAGGACUUAUACUUAGAGAACUUUGUUAAGCUUGCCAUCCCAUUCCUGGAGAGGAACAGGAUUAUCUCCCUACAGAGAGAAGAAAUAACCAAGAAGUUCGUAGAAACCUUGAAGGACUCUUCUGGGUUUGUUAUGGCAUCGGAUAUUCCCGUGGUGUGCUCUAUGCAGAUAACCGUACCGAAUGAAAUAUCCUUUGAUCAGGAGGUUUUAAUCAGCAGCACUCCUUUUAUUUUCAGGUACAAAAAUGAGAAUAAAUGCGAAAUAACGGUUUCCAUAAAAACCAAAAAAACGCAAAAUUAG